CGCAUGGCGCAGGCCUUCCGCACGUCUCGAAGCUCCGAGCCCGGGGCCGCCGCCUCCGCCGCCUUUGUGCGCGGCCGCGAUGCAACAAAGCGCGGCGGCAGCCCGCCCGGUGUCGCGGCGACUGCGCGGGCUCCGCUCCCCUCCGCCUUGCGCUCCGCGCCCGCGUCUUGCCGGUCGCCUGGGGCCGGGCUGUGAGGCGUCGCCUCGGUCGGGGCGCCUAGCCUGGACUUGGCACGGCCCGCGCGCUCUCCGCGCCAGCCCUCCCUCACGGAAGGGAUUUUUUUUUCCCUUUCCCCUUUUCCUCUGCCCGCCAUCUUCCGAAGGGGACUGCCCAGAGGACGCGGCGCGGGAAGGUGCCUGAUUGGGCCCAGAAAUGGGAUGCCAAGCCUCCAUGAGGGUCGCCUCUUUGAGCCACUGCUGUGACAGCAAGUGAACAAGCUGCCAGAGGAUGUCCACUACUACAGCGGCCGCCCCCACGGGGAUCCCGGCAGUCCCGGGCCCUGUGAACCCUCCCCCACCUGAGGUCUCCAAUCCCAGCAAGCCCGGCCGCAAGACUAACCAACUGCAGUACAUGCAGAAUGUGGUGGUGAAGACACUCUGGAAACAUCAGUUUGCCUGGCCAUUCUACCAGCCUGUAGAUGCAAUCAAGCUGAACCUGCCUGAUUAUCAUAAGAUAAUAAAAAACCCAAUGGACAUGGGGACUAUCAAGAAGAGACUAGAAAAUAAUUAUUAUUGGAGUGCCAGUGAGUGUAUGCAGGACUUCAACACCAUGUUUACAAACUGUUACAUUUAUAACAAGCCCACAGAUGACAUAGUGCUAAUGGCCCAGGCCUUAGAGAAAAUCUUUCUGCAGAAAGUGGCCCAGAUGCCCCAGGAAGAAGUUGAACUAUUGCCCCCUGCUCCAAAGGGCAAAGGCCGGAAGCCAGCUGCAGGAGCCCAGAAUUCAGGUACACAACAAGUGGCAGCCGUAUCUUCGGUCUCCCCAGCAACCCCCUUCCAGAACAUACCCCCCACUGUAUCUCAGACACCAGUCAUUGCUGCCACCCCUGUACCAACCAUCACUGCAAACGUCACAUCAGUUCCCGUUCCCCCAGCUGCCGCACCGCCUCCUCCUGCGACAUCCAUCGUCCCUGUGGUCCCUCCCACACCACCUGUAGUCAAGAAAAAGGGUGUGAAGCGGAAAGCAGACACAACCACUCCCACAACGUCUGCCAUCACUGCCAGCCGGAGUGAGUCUCCCCCGCCACUUUCAGAGCCCAAGCAGGCCAAGGUGGUGGCCCGACGGGAGAGUGGGGGCCGUCCCAUCAAACCUCCUAAGAAGGACCUGGAAGAUGGCGAGGUCCCACAGCACGCGGGUAAAAAAGGAAAGCUGUCGGAGCACCUGCGGCACUGUGACAGCAUUCUUCGGGAGAUGCUCUCCAAGAAGCAUGCUGCCUAUGCAUGGCCCUUCUACAAGCCAGUGGACGCUGAGGCACUGGAGCUGCAUGACUACCAUGACAUCAUCAAGCACCCCAUGGACCUCAGCACCGUCAAAAGGAAAAUGGAUAGCCGCGAGUACCCAGAUGCACAGGGCUUUGCUGCCGAUAUCCGGUUAAUGUUCUCGAAUUGUUAUAAGUACAACCCUCCAGACCAUGAAGUGGUGGCCAUGGCCAGGAAGCUCCAGGAUGUGUUUGAGAUGAGGUUUGCCAAGAUGCCUGAUGAGCCUAUAGAAGCGCCUGCACUGCCUGCUCCCACAGCUCCUGUCGUGAGCAAAGGUGCUGAGAGUAGCCGUAGUAGUGAGGAGAGCUCUUCAGAUUCAGGCAGCUCAGACUCAGAGGAGGAGCGAGCCACUCGGCUGGCAGAGCUGCAAGAGCAGACUGGCUGCAGAGCCUUCCAGGAUCAGCUGUUGAAUGUCUCCUCUGUGCAGCUGAAGGCCGUGCACGAACAGCUGGCUGCCUUGUCUCAGGCCCCAGUGAAUAAACCAAAGAAGAAGAAGGAGAAGAAGGAGAAGGAGAAGAAGAAGAAAGACAAGGACAAGGAUAAAGAGAAGGAGAAGCACAAGGCCAAGGCCGAGGAGGAGAAGAAGGCCAAGGCAGUCCCAGCAGCCAAGCAGGCCCAGCAGAAGAAGGCUCCCACCAAGAAGGCCAAUAGCACAACCACAGCCAGCAGACAGCUCAAGAAGGGUGGCAAGCAGGCAUCUGCAUCCUAUGACUCAGAGGAAGAGGAGGAGGGCCUGCCCAUGAGCUAUGAUGAAAAGCGUCAACUCAGCCUGGACAUCAACCGGCUGCCUGGCGAGAAGCUAGGCCGUGUGGUGCACAUCAUCCAGUCCCGGGAGCCCUCGCUCAGGGACUCAAACCCAGAUGAGAUUGAGAUUGAUUUUGAGACGCUGAAGCCAACCACACUGCGGGAACUGGAGAGAUACGUCAAGUCUUGUUUACAGAAAAAGCAAAGGAAACCAUUGUCAACAAGCGGGAAGAAGCAGGCAGCCAAAUCGAAAGAGGAGUUAGCUCAGGAGAAGAAAAAGGAGCUGGAGAAGCGGCUACAAGAUGUCAGUGGACAGCUGAACAGCAAGAAACCCACUAAGAAAGAGAAGUCUGGCUCAGCGCCCUCAGGAGGCCCAUCAAGGCUCAGCAGUAGCAGCUCCUCCGAGUCUGCGAGCAGCAGCUCCAGUGGGUCCAGCUCUGACAGCAGCGACUCAGAGUGAACUUGGACUGGAACAGAGCUGGACAAAUGGACGUGGCACACGCUGACUGCAGUGUUCCCUCCUAUGGUUAAUAUACUUUCGUUCCAUGGUGUGCAGGUUUUCUUUUACUUCAGUGUUAUGAUCUCUUCCAGCUGUGCUCCGGUAGGGCGGAGAGCCUCGCACGUGCACCGUACCCCACGAGAGGGCCGAGGUCUGCAGGAAAUGCCUUUGCAGCUCGGUUUAGUUUGGAGACUGCGGUCUGGGAUGCUAACCUGAUGACCAUAGACACAGUGGGAGGUGUGGCUGGACCUGCCCAAUCCCUCCUCAGGCCCAGCCUCGCCCUUAGUAACUUGAAGGAAGCUUUUCAAGGGUAUUUCUCUGGAAUGGGUUCUGUGUUUGAAAGCUGUUAGAACACUAACCAGCAGGUUACUUCUCUCCGCAGGGGCUGAGGACAGAUGUGUCAGCCCACGGGAACCAGGCUGGGCCCCAGCGGAGGGUCCUCGUAGCUGCAGAUCAGAGCCUCGCACCUCUGGGCUGGGCAUGGAGAAAGAGGGGUGCUGAGUUCUCUGGUCCCUUGACUGUGUGUGCAGCGUGCAGGUUUUGGGACACCGAAACUUUUACCUCAACUUAAGGGAAUAAAAAGAAAAAAAAAAAACAAAAAGUUAAAAAAAAAAUACACAAAAAUAAACCUUUUUGUAAGUUCAUCCAUUUUCUACAGAAGUCCAGCCCAGCGUGCCCCACUUUGCUAGCGCUGCCCGGCUGCCACCGCCUCACGCCCUGAACCACCUCCCCAGUUUUAUGUAUAUAUAAAUACUUUAUUUAUUAUUAACAUCAUUGGUCAUUUUUUAAAAAAAGAAAAAAGAAAAGAAAAAACCAUAAAUAAGUGCAUUGAGAAAAAGUGGAGAUGCAGGCCCCUGGCGAUGAGGAGACUGGACCUGUGGUAAGAAGAUUGGUCCUGUGGUGGUGUAGCUCCUGGUGCUCAUCACGGCUGGGCUCCCUGGGCUCGUUGGCUUUUUUUUUUUUUUUUUUUUUUUUUUUAAUGAAACCUGGGGACUUUACAAGUAUAGACAUCCUUCGGCUGCAGCACAUCUUCAUUUUAUGUUGUCUCUUCAGUUCUUUCUUACUAACUUCUGGUCUUUUUAAAAGACGUCAACGGAGGGAACCUCAGUUCUUCAACACAAGCUUUGUAAGCUGAGAGAAAAGCAAUGUAUAUCAGGCCAAGGUCUUGACAUUUAAUUUUCUAUUGUAAAAAGUAAUAAUAUACAGAGUUUAACAGAAAGUUCUGUUCCGUUUGUUGUGUUUGAGGCUGCCGAAUGGUUUUGGAAUGCAGGGUCAGCCUGGAUUAGCUAUAGCAUUGUGGCCUCAGCCAGGAGCACACAGGCCAAUCUCCCAGGCCUGGAAGCAGUCUGCAGAGGCUCUGCCUGACCUGUCUACUCCCGACAGGGUCAAAGGUGAGCCUGAUGAUCACUGUUAGCCCAGAAAACUGAUUAUCCCGACCCCACCUGAGGGCGCCAGGUGCAGAGCCUGGUCGUUGUAUGGUUGUACUGAGGCGGGGGUCCCUGCAGUUUCUUCCAUUACUUCUAGGCAGAGCCAAGGACUCGUCGUCAGCAUCCCCACAUGGGAGAUAUGUAAAAUUUCUAAAGUCGAUGCUGCCAGCUCUUGUGGAUGUGGACAGGCAGUGAGUGUCAAGCUCGGGAAGCAGCUGGCUGGCUACCAUGUCUAGACGCCUGGUGAGUGAUCAGCCAGUUAAACUUGUAAGCCAGUUUGUUUAUAAUAAAAAUAUAAGUGGAUUUUAAGGUUCCAUUUUUUUAAGGUUACCCUUGUUUUUCAAAGGUAUUUUUUAAACAGAUCUUUAAUAGAAUAUUUAAGCUGUGACUGUAAGAAAUAAACACGAGGAAACUGACAGGCCUUCGCAUGGGGUCUCAGUGGUGGCCUACCAUGACAGCCUGGGCAGCAUGUCUAGGCAAGGCACAGCGCCUGGGCGUGCACCGAGUGCCUCUGUGAGAUGUGAGGCGAGCAGAGUCCGUUCCUGGGUGGUGCCCCUGCAGCAGGGCAGUGGUGCAGUGCUGGUUCCAUGAGAGGAGGGUCUGGCAUUCCCGUGGCUGUGGUCCCUACUGAGCAGCCUCGGUCAUUGGUGCUUUUUUCUUUUUCUUUCUGUCCAGACUUAAACUGUUUUGUCUUUAGAGUUUUGGAGGGCCUCGGUCCCCACAAUGCCAGGCUGCAGGGUAAACUGUCACUCCCUUCUUCUAAGUUACAGAGGCUACAGGAACUUAGAUUGUUGUGUGCAGAGCUGGAGAACAGCUGUCCACAGGCUUCCUUAAGGGUCACAUGCAGGAGUGAGGCAGGCACUUGGCAGACUACUGGGAGCCGAGGAAUGGGCUUCAGGUUCAGACCUCCUCAGGCUGGAUAGCUCAGCUUGCUUACAGACGGGAGACAUCUGUGGUUUUCUUGGUUUGUCCUUUUGCAGCUGUCACGCCUUUUACAGUCAUUUGGGAAAUGCAAGCCCACUGUCAAAAGCUUUGUCAUCCUGUUUCUCACUGUCCCUGCUACUGGCAUAAUACUUCCAGAAGCUUUUCUUUUUUUAUAUAUAUAUUUAAAAUGUUUCUUUUCUGUAUGAUGUGCAUGCAAGUUUACCGUAACUUUUCUUAAACUUUUUAGUGCCGUUUCUAGUAUAUUCUUGUAAAUGUCAGUUACUGAAAAUGAGUCCAUUGUAAGUAGUUUAGCUUGUUUUUUGCAAUGCCGGCCUCAACAGCACAGAGUAAAAAGCGGUAGGAAGUACUCUGGUGUCUUCUGGUAAUCAUGAACCUUUCUCCUAGGGUGUUUGUUUUGUUUUCAUAAUAAAAAGAAGGGGAAAAAAGGUUA